AUGAUCGCAGUCAUCCAGAGGGCAAUUGCCCAGAUGCUGGCUCAGACAGGCUUGGAUGAGGCCAGCUUCAAGGUUUUGUUGUGCACAGUGCUCUCGUUCCCGUUCAGUCUGGUUUUCAAACGGUUGCCAGAUCAAAAGUACACCUUGAAGAACUUGUAUGUGGUGUCUGUGUCGAUGUUUUAUAUUUUUGGGAUCUUGGAUUUGGGGCUGGAAGUGCUCACGCUUCUUGUUUCUCUGUUUGGGUGCUAUUUCAUCACCAGAUACAUAAGAACAAGCCUGAUGCCAUGGGUUAAUUUUCUCUUUUUGAUGCUGCAUUUGGCGUACAGCCACCUCAAUGCGCAGUUCUUCAACACCCAAGACUUGUCUCGGCUCGACCUCACGGGCGCACAGAUGGUGUUGGUGAUGAAGUUGUCUGCUUUUGGCUGGAACGUCCAUGACGGAAAGGUGAACGAGCUGCCUUCAGACUAUACCCGUAGUCGGGCCAUCAGAAAACAUCCCAACAUUCUUCCAUUCAUGGGCUAUGUUCUCUUUUAUCCGGCGCUUUUGACAGGCCCCGCCUUUGACUUUGUGGACUACGACAAGUUCAUCCAUUCCACCCUUUUCGAUGAUGUUCCUGAAGACAAACGUCCUGGCCGCAGCAGAAAGCGUAGAAUCCCCAAGAGUGGCAAGCAGGCUUUGUCUAAGGUCUUGCAGGGGUUCUUUUUCGCAGGGUUGUUCGUUGUGAUCCCACAGUACGUCAAUUUGGACCUGGCCUUAAGCUCGUCCUUCGUAACAGACCAUGGCUUCUUCUACCGUAUUUUUUACUUGUGGAUUUUGGGCUUCACCCACCGGUUGAAGUACUACACAAUUUGGCUUAUUGCCGAGGGUGCUUGCAUCUUGUGUGGUAUUGGCUACAACGGCUACGACUCAAAGACAGACACUUUCAAAUGGAACCGCGUGCAGAACAUCGACCCCUGGACUUUCGAAACGGGCCAAAAUGUGCACGUGUGUCUCGAGGCUUGGAACAUGAACACUAACAAGUGGUUGAAACACUACGUCUACAGUCGCUUGGCUAAAAAGGGAAAGAAACCAGGCUUCAAGAGUACUCUCUUCACAUUUGUGACCAGUGCCUUCUGGCAUGGAACUCGCCCCGGUUACUACUUGACUUUUGUGAUGGGCGCCAUGAUCCAAACAGCUGGUAAGAUCUAUCGUCGCAACCUUCGCCCUAUUUUCUUGGAAGCCGACGGAGUUACUCCAAAACCCACGAAAAAACUCUACGAUGUUGUCUGCUGGUUAGUCACACAGUUGGCGUUUGGGUUUGUUGUCCAACCAUUUGUCAUUCUUAACUUCGGAAGGUCUCUUCAAUGCUGGGCCACAGUCUAUUUCUAUGUGCCUCUAGGAAUUGGUCUCACGCUAUUCCUUUUCAAGGGUCCAUACAAGAAGCAGGUUGUUGGUUUGUGCAAGAGCCUUGCUCCACAGAAACCAGUACCUAUCAAGGAGAGUGGGUUGAACGAGAAGGAAGCAGAGGUUAUCCAAGCUGCAGUGGAGAAAGCGCUCGCGCGCGAGAGCAACUAUUCGACCUUGGGAGUUCCGCCUUUGGAUGUGUUGGAGGAUGCAACCAAGGAGGAGCUCGAGGAGGAGCUCAGGGACUUUGCCGACACCUGGACUUCGUUCCGCGGCCGCAAAGGUUCGUUCAGUAAUGAUUUUGACGGGUUGAAGGAUGCAUACAACAACUUCACUUCCGAGCUCAAUGAGAUCAUCAACAGCAAGAAGGACGAGCUUCAAGAGACCAAGAACGCCAUGAAGGCACAAGGAAAGGGCGAGUAG